AUGGCUGACGAUUCUGCCGAUGCGAUGAAAGCAGCCUUGCUGAAGGCUCAAGAAGACCUUCACCGCACUCAAUCUGAAGCCCAGCAGACCAUUGACAGCCUCAGGAAGGAGCUAGAGUCUGUCAAAAGUAGCAAAACACCUAAAACCCGUGCUCGUGGUAUAAUCCCCAAGAUCCUUAGCCUCGAAGACUCGGAAGCCAGCGAAGGCGAGGACGAGGAGGCCAGAUCUGACGAAGAUGCAGAGGAAGCUGAUCCCGCAGCUAAGAAGAUGGCGCUCCUGGAAUCUCAGAAUAGGAAGAUACUUCGCAUGCUGACGAAGUUGCCUAGAGCACCAACCCCUGUGGCUGAAGAAUCUCCCGAUGGCUAUGCUCAAUCCCCCGUCGUGGAAGAGAUUGCGAGGGCCCGGAUUCCUAAGAAGAUCAAUGUGACCCAGCCUCACAAGCUGUAUGAUGGAGCUGCGGAUCCCUAUGAUCAUGUAGCGCAAUAUAAGCAAAAGAUGUGGACCCUGUCCAUUCCUGAGCAUCUGCUGGAGGCUACCAUGUGCAAAUCCUUCGGGGCCACCUUGUCUGGGCCUGCUCUGCAGUGGCUGAUAAGCCUAAAAUCAGGUAGCAUCCAAAAUUUCGCUGCUUUGAUUAACAAGUUCUAUAUGCAGUUUUCUAGUAGCAGGGUUCUAGAGAAGCAUACCGGCGACCUGUAUCGCAUCACCCAGAAGACAAAUGAAGCUGUGAGGCAGUACCUGGAUCGAUUCAACAAGGAGAUGAUCUCAGUCAAGAACCUGGAUGUUCCCACCGCUAUUGAAGCAUUCAGGAGAGGACUAACCUAUAAAUCUAGAUUGUAUUAUGAAUUAACCAGGUACCCAUGUGGCACAUUCGAGGAGGUUAGAGCCAGGGCUAUGGCUGAAAUCUGCGUCGAAGAGGACGAAGCGUCUAGGUACGAAAGCGAGCCCAGCUAUGAUCGGAAAUCCCAGAAUCAAAAGAAAAGUGAUUGGCUCCACCAGCCAUACCAAAAGCGCGAAAGUAACAACGUAGCCAGCAAGGCCACAGGUAAAACUGCUAAUAAUGACAACCCUUCUAUUGCUUCCUAUUGCUUUAAUGUGGACGCAGGAGGCGUAGUAAACGCACUCGAAAAUCUGGGGACAACCGCUAGAUGGCCACGCAAGAGCGACAAACCAGACAGCGAGAAGGAUACCAUCAAAUGGUGCAGCUAUCAUAGUGACCAUGGCCAUCGGACGGAAGGCUGCAACGCCAUCAAAAAGGAAGUAGCUUGGCUGCUCAAAAAAGGCUACCUCGAGCAUCUGAUGGGAAAGAAAGGGCAACAAGAAGAUAAAGCUGGCUCUAGCCAGCAGCAGCCACAUCCACCACCUGAGCCCCUACACGAUAAGGUAAGCAAUUCUAUCUCAGGAGGUUCAAUAAUAUGUGGACUAACAUACUCUGCAGCUAAGAGAUUCGCCUGA